CACCACGAACUCUCGUUUCUGGCUUUCGUUUCCCGCGCAGUUCCCCCUUAACGGUCUUUGCGUAUAAACCAUGUGUGGAUUGAUUGACGGUUGACGCACUAGUCUGCGUGAACCUAUCACGGAACCAAACAGCCAUUCUUUUAUGAUUAUUCCCUCAUUUCAAUUACCAACAGCUUAUAAGAUGAAAGGAAAGGAAGGAAAAAACGAAGAGGUGUCUCGCUCUGACGGCUAGAACGUCUGUUCCCCUCACGUGAUCCCUACUCGAAGACCCAUCGCGAGCGAUGAUUGGCUCACGUGCGGGCGCCACACAGCGAGACUUCCCGUUUAGCCACACCCACUGCUGUUUCGGCUGCUCGCGCCUCCUACUUCCUGUUCCCGUUAGCCGAGCCCGAGAGGAGAGUCUCAGCAGUAAGAAAAUUGAUCCGCGCCAGAGUCUGGCGAUAGCUGCCACAUCUGAGACGUUUGAUAAAACGGGUGAGUGUUUACCCCCGCUGGCCAGUGGGGAGCAGUGCCCAAAAGUUUUCUGUGUGAGAAAUGCCACGAGUUUCUGUAUGUCUACCUGGACUAAGCAGUUUCUCGUCGGGAGCUUAACGGUCAAGGAUUACAAGAAAAAAAACCCCAAAUCCACGCGAGGGACCAGCCUGAGCUCUACUGAACAACAAGAUUUUCAGACUAAUCUGACAGUAAACCCAAGGAGUCACCAGGCUGUCUGAUAACUACGAGUAUAAUGUGACUGAUUUAUUCACGAUUACCUCUGGAGACCGAAAGAGGACAGAGACAGAAAAAAGUGUCGUUAUCGAACACGCCUGGAGACCCUUAAGAAGACACAGAUUUUUAAAAAACGCCAUCUAGACGAACACUUAAGAAGACAGACAGAAAAACGUGGUAGUGGACACAGUUUACUACGUUGGAAGUGUUGUUAGAACACCCAACUACCAAUUACAGAAUUGUCUUGAAAGGUUGUUGUAUUCUCAGUUCAAAGGAUACCUGAAACUAAGAGGGUUCAUUAGAAAGCUUACAUCGGUCACGAUCAAAUACAAAAAUCAAAGCUGAUGGUGAAGUUUAUAACUUUCUUCACACGAGAAGAGAGCAGGAAAAAAACUUCUCACAUCACGUGUUGUGAGGUAGAAGAGGUCGUCCGUGUUCACAAAAGCGCCAAUAAAACAUCGGAGUUUUAGUGUGAUUUUAAAAAAAUAAGUGAAACAAAUUUUUUUUUCUUAUGCGCCUUAUGGAAGCAACACCUGACAAACUAUUUCAAGACAGAAUUAAAAACAAUUCGCAUUUGUCGCGGGCACUGCUGAGCAUAUGGUCAGGUAAUUUAAAGUGAAGCAAGUGGGAAAAAGGAGAAAGUAAGUCUAAGGGGACAGAGAACAACUUUCAGCUGAGCAGCGUCCCAGAGGCGUGUCGUUCCCUGCCCUUGUGCCCUUGCAACUCGCCCAGCUGCACCGCCUACGCACGUCCCUCCUCCCCCUAUCACAGAGGCCCCUCCCCCUACUCUCGAGGCUCCUCCCCUUUCCAGCGGACGCCAAUACCAUCUCUGUCAGCAGUGCACGCCCUACAGCCACCGACAUACCCUCUCAGUAGUUCAGUGGACGCUUUACCUGGUCAGGUGAAAGUUUGGUUCCAGAACCGCCGUAUGAAAUGGCGUCACGCCCAGCAACAGGGCGAGAAGGACAAACAGUUACAACAGACUGGACAAACACCCAGACCCCCGGAGGACAAAGGAAGAGAGGAAAACCGAGAAGUAGCAGGCGCAGCAGCUGUCAAUCUCGACGCAGCUCACAGCACGCUGGGAGUCGACGUGGACGACGAUGAAGAAGUCGCGGAGACAUCUCUUGGCGUUUCCUCCUCCUCCGCUUCCUCCUCCUCCUCCGAGUCACGUGAUAAGCUGGCAAUGGCGUCAGCACAGCUGUCGGAGCGACUUGCGUUAAAUUCAGGGGGUGUAAGGGACACUCUUGACACCGCUGCAGAUAUGUGUAUUUCUUCUCACCCUCCCCUUCCUCCUCCUCCUCCUCGAGUACCCGCCGUUUUUCAACAACAGGCUGGUGGUCCGGAUAUAGUGCACAGCAAUGAACCCAGCUCUGUGCACCAUCUAGUUCACCAUAAAAACACGACUCUUGCAAGAGAUAUGCAGGAUGUCCGGAUCGGUAGCCACGGAGCUGGAUCUCCACUGUAUCAUAACCGAGAUCUGCGCGUCAUCUCCGAACCUGGGAACAUAAAGGGUGUGGCCUCCGUGGUGUCAGGGGCGGGUCCUGAGGAGAUCCUCAUGGACAGUGAUGCGGACGACGAGCCGGGGAGUAUCAUUGGUGCUUGUCACGACAGGGAUGAGGCAGACACGCCCAUUCCACAAGACUCCGCCCUCCUGAGUGAUGACGACUCCACACCGUGUGAUGACGUCAGCAUGGGUGACAUAGACGUUGACAAUUAAGCUAUUGGAGUACGCAUUACCACAAAAUGUCGUGGUAAAUUCUGGACGGACCUGGGGAGACUCCGUCACUUGGAUCGCUAGGACCAAUGGUUUAUGCAAGAUGGGGCCAUUCCACACGUUUCUGUCAGAUCAAUGACAUGGCUAGCUGACCACUUUGGAGAUCGUGUGAUCAGUCGAAGAAGUGAACAUAUUUGGGCUCCGCAUUCUCCUGACCUGAACCCUUUAGACUUUUUCUUGUGGGGCUAUAUAAAGGACAGGAUAUUUCCAAACCAGUUUGAAAACAUUGAAAUUAUGAAACAAGCAAUCCGUGAUGAAAUGAGAAACAUUCUGGAGGAACUGUGUUCGGCCGUCAUCGAGCAUUUCAAACGACGCGUUAAAAGAUGUUUGGAGUCCAAAGGAGGACAUGUGGAGCAUUUGUUUUAGAAAUUCCAGAACAAAAAUGUUAGUUCUCUAACUCCUAAGAGAAGUUAAAAAUUGUUUAAUGUCACAAGGUUUGAACAAUUAAAUGAUAUAGAGAAAAAGAAGACAAAAUUCAAAUCAAUCGUCUCAUGUGUUUUCCUCCCGAUAGUGUUGUGGUUUUUUUUAUUGGCGCAUAUUGCGUUUAUGGGUGUUUUUUCUUUAAAAUGCUUUUUCCGUUCUGAAAAUAAGUUUCUUCUGUAUGAAUUUUAUGUCAAACAAAUUUCUUUUGAAUUAAGUUUAUCUCUUCCAAAUUUCAUCUUUCUAGAACAACAUUUGAGCGAGAUAUUUAGAAAAAAAGUUGUUAAGGUUUUUUUUGGAUCACCCUAUAUGAAAUGUCUUUUAUUUGGGAUAGGAAUCUAUUAAUAAAAGAAGUUUUUCGUGCAUGUG